GUACAAUCAGUUGUACUUAACCACCCGGCUGGGCAAGGUUUACGGUCUGCAAAAUUGCGCGUGCAGCUCUUUCUAAAUCGCGACCUUAUCACGGCUAUCGGGGGCUAAUCGCGCGUCCGAGAAAAAAAAAUUAUCGAAAUAAAUAAAACAUGUAGACGACAAUGGUUUAGGACGGAAUGGGGGGAGCUUAACGAGUCGAAAACCGUCCGAAAAACAAUAAAUUUUAGGGAAAAUGGUUGACCCACUCGAUUAGUCAGUGCGAAGAAAAGAUGGCAGAUUUCGAUACGAGCUGAUAAGAGCUGGAGCUCGUGAGACAGAACACACAAAAAUAAGCGUUUAUCGCACGCGAAAAAAAAACUCAACUCAGAUUGAUUACAGUCCACAAGUUGCUGCUGGAGGGUUUUUUCCUGGCUCUAAUCAACCGUGAAAUAAAAAAAAAGACUCGCCAAAGAUACUGCGUGUGAGAUAUCGGUGCCAAACCGGGGUUGUUUUAUGUGCCAUUCUGGAAGUCUUGUGAGUUAGUCAGUUGUCGUGAUCCAGAGCCAGCUGAUGGUUGGCGGGAGAAUGUGAAAAACGCAAGUGAUAAUCACGAGAAAAUCGACGGAAAUCGACGAAAGUGAGCAGCGAGCAAGUGAUUUAAAGUGUGUGCGUUGAACGUCACCACCACCGGAAGAAGUUUGAAAGUGACGACACGAAAUGGUGUUUAACUGUACCUUGUGCGGGAUGGGCCCGAGGGCCACCAUCGUGCUGGUUGGAUUGUUGUCACUGCUCUUUUCCGCGGGCUACGUACUUUUCACGACAGCCGGUGUUCUAGCGCACAACUGUGUCCUACCCAUGAACAAUUCCAUAGAGGAGUACGCAAUUUACGUGUAUUAUUUGCGAAAUGCCGAAUGCGGCAAGAUUAAUCUGACCAACCUGGGCAUCGCGAACGUGCCCGCCGACUUUCAAAUCGACGUGCCGGAUGUGAGCGAUGCCGGACAUCGGACCUACAUCCUGUGCAUCGUCGGGCUGGUGAUAUACGGGCUGUGGUUCAUCACCAGCUUGUUCCUGCUGACCUCGGCAUGCAUUUCCUGUUUGGGAAGAUGCGGCAUAGCUUUCGGGAUCUACCCGUAUGUCGUAGUCUUGUUCCUAGUGUUGGCUUUUGACGUCGUUGGACUUGUGUAUUACAUGAUAGACUUUGUAGAAAGUUUUGAACUCGAUUUCGUGCUGAAUCUGCUGGAAAUCGGGAAUCAAGACGUAGUAAGGCCCUUCUUCAAAGACAUUGAUGACAUCUUCUUGAUUGUUCCACCACUGAUCUUCUGGAUCACCGCCUCCAAGGGCGUCAUCAUUUGGUUCAUCUUCUUCCUGUUGGCGUUUGUCAUGCUCGGCGUCGGCAGUCGCCUCUGGGAGGAAAACAAACCGGCGCCACCGUACAGUUCGGUGUCCCCACGGACGGCAACUGCGGCUACGGCUCCAGUCGAAAUGGUCGAGGACACUCGGACGGUGGCAGCGGUUCGUUACACCGACCCCGCCAGGCAGCCUAACGAUCAGUUAGUGUACAGUGAACCUCCACCGCCGGUGACAAACACCACGAUGGUAGUUAACAAUAACAACAACGUAAUCCGACGAACUGUUGAACCGCUUAAGGUUGGCUACGACCAACAGGAGCCGCCGGUAUACCGGUCGAACGAAGCACCAGGUCCGCUGCGCAAUACCGUGCUCAACCCGUACACGGACAAACGGUUCUCGUACCUGCCCGGUAAUCCGCAGCCGUUUUCGUACCUGGCCGGACCUCCCCAGAUGAACCCGCGGAACUCGACCAAAGUGCCGGAAGAGCACGGUCAACUGCCGAGGUCGUACUUCCCGGCGGCACGUGAUUGGGAAGAACCCAAGCGGAUAACAUCGACGCUUACCGAGAGUAAGGACUUCGGCGGGCAGGAGUUCAGGACGCCAACGAGCAAACCGGGCUCCGAAGAUCGGUCCAGCGAUGAAGGGAAAUGGAGUGGACCCGAGUACCGAUAUUGAACCAAAGAAAUGACGCCAUCGAGUGAGAGUUGAAAUUAAUUAUUUGUUAGCAUGUGUAAAUAAAUCUGUUAAAGCUGGACAACCACUGUAGACCAGUGAGUUAUUCAAAACUACUAAUUAUAAAGGAUAUAAUAUCGAUCGACAGUAAUACGACAAAAUAAGUGCAAAUCGAAGCAGUUAAGUCGCGCGCACGGAUGAGUGUGUGAUUUGCCAUGCGCUAAACGGGUGCUCCAAGGGUUUCCUAAUAAACAGCAAAACAAAUACAAGGUAUUAUUUUUUUCAAGAGGA